CCUCCCCCACUCUCUCUCUCUCGGUCGGUUUUCCUGCCGGGCUGCUGCUGCUUUGCGCGCUGCGGGGCCACACUGCGACCGCACCGAGGAGGAAGAGGAGAAAGCCGCGGAACUGAAAGGGGGGCCAGCCAGAGCCAGAGCGGCGGAGAGGCACGAUUUAACGAAACAAAAAAAAAGAAGAAGAAAAAAAAAAAGCCGAGCCACAGCGGAGGAGGAGGUCUGAACGCGCCGUCAGCGCACGGAUAAAAAAUAGCUACCUCCGAAGCAGCAGCAGCAGCAGCAGAAGGCGGAGACGCGUCACACCGCGCUGUUCCUCCCUCCAUCUCUCUGUCUGAGCAGGGGAAGUGAAGAAGAGGAGCAAAAAGAAGAGGAGGACAAACAGGAAAAAAAAAUCUUGUUGGGGAAUCUCGGAGCGCAAAACGACGAACGACGCGGUGUCGGUAACCUCCCCCCCUCCCCUCCCGGACCAGGGCCGAUUCUCCGUUUUCUAGCAGCCAGCUCGGCGCGGCGACACCAUGAAGGACCGUACGGCGGAACUGCGAAGUGCUAAGGACAGCGAUGAUGAUGAGGAGGUGGUGCAGGUCGACAGGGACCACUUCAUGGAUGAGUUCUUCGAACAGGUGGAGGAGAUCAGAGGCUGUAUAGAAAAGCUGUCAGAAGAUGUGGAGCAGGUCAAGAAGCAGCACAGCGCCAUCCUGGCCGCCCCCAACCCUGACGAAAAGACCAAGCAGGAGUUGGAGGACCUCACAGCUGACAUCAAGAAGACAGCCAAUAAAGUUCGCUCAAAAUUAAAAGCAAUCGAGCAGAGCAUCGAGCAGGAGGAGGGUCUCAACAGAUCAUCAGCGGACCUCAGGAUCCGUAAGACACAGCACUCGACGCUGUCACGUAAGUUUGUGGAGGUGAUGACUGAGUACAAUACCACGCAGUCCAAGUACCGCGACCGCUGCAAGGACCGCAUCCAGAGACAGCUGGAGAUCACUGGGAGAACCACCACCAACGAAGAACUAGAGGACAUGUUGGAGAGUGGCAAGCUGGCCAUCUUCACCGAUGAUAUCAAAAUGGACUCUCAGAUGACCAAGCAGGCUCUGAACGAGAUCGAGACCCGACACACCGAGAUCAUCAAGCUGGAAAACAGCAUCCGCGAGCUGCACGACAUGUUCGUCGACAUGGCCAUGCUGGUUGAGAGCCAGGGAGAGAUGAUUGACAGAAUUGAGUAUAACGUGGAACACUCCGUCGACUACGUGGAGCGAGCCGUAUCUGACACCAAGAAGGCCGUCAAAUACCAGAGCCAGGCUCGCAAGAAGAAGAUCAUGAUCAUCAUCUGCUGCGUCAUCCUGGGCGUGGUCCUGGCGUCGACCAUCGGCGGCACGCUGGGCUUCUAAGACGCUCUGCCACCCGCCGCUGUGACGACCGACACCGACCGACCGUCUGACCGCCAGCAGAGAAAAGAAACACCGACGACAACAACACAAAAACUUGAAACACAAAUGCAAGACAGAUAACCAAUCAGCUAGGAAGAGAUAACAAUCCAAUCACAGAUAAGAGGAAACACCACGGGGUUGGGUGGGGUUCAAAAAACAAAGACAAAAAAAAAACACAAUAAAAAUGCCAUCACAUUAUAGCUGACUUAAAUACAUAACAUAUACAAAAAGAGGGUACAAAUAAGCCUACUAUUUAUUACAGAUGUACAUGUAAAUGUAUUGAACAUAUGAAGCAACACAUGGGUUAGCUACCUGUAAAAAAAUAUGACUUAUAAUAUGACAUUUACUUGUUUGUUUGUUUGUUUUGCCUUUUUUUCUUAUUUUUUAACAGUUUCUUUCGUUUUUCGGGAGUCUCCGAGGACAGUGAUGGUGACUGCUGCUGGGUGCGAGUUCUACAGGACCAGCGCUCCAGAGCCGAACUUUAUUUCUUUGUUUCUUACGUUUAAAUUUUUCAGUUGAGGUUCUGGAGCCGAGCACGUUCGAGAACGUCACAGAACGCGUUCUCCGUAAAAGUGCUCGGCUUUCCAGUCAAGGUUUGUCCCACUAGAGGACGAGAAAGAAAAAUCUUGUUCUGGAGCGCAGACGGGAACAGGGUGAGGUUCUGGAAUGCUGUCCUGCAGGACGAGCACCCACUGGCGUUGGUAGAACCAACUUUAUCCCCUUGUUUCUGGGAGGGAGGGACCGACCUCGCCAUUGGCUCAGCUGCCUCUUUAGACCACCUGUCAUUGGUUGCUCACUCCUGUCAUUCACCUCAGUCAGCCUGUUAAAUUAGCAUAGACUGGCGAAGCCCAACCUGGCCAAACGCCAUUUAUAAAACGCUUGGAAAGAGCGUGACACGCUGCCCACUGAACUGUUUUUCACAGCCACCUGAUUGGUUGAGAAAACACAACCAAUCAAACAUGUGUGUCUGGCAGGGGUGUCACUGCAACGUGGCAGGUUUCCACGACAACAGCCUCCCCUUCCUGUCACAUCUAUCCAACCAAAGAGCAGGGGGAGGGAGGGGCUCUGGUGUCCUGCUGAAUUUAAUCUGAAAACGUGACAUUUGACUGACAGGUGAACGGUGGGAAGGAAGCAGGGAUAGGAGGAGGAGGAGGAGGAUGCGAAGAAGGGUGGGAUGAGACGGACAGUCAAUCUAUGCAGUUUAGGUAAGAGGAAGACGACUUGUCCCGCCUCCCCCACCCGAGAUAGCCAAUGAGGAUCGGGGGUUCACAUUAGCGUAACAAAAGGCUCAUCGCACUGAUCGCUGUCGAAAAGUCGUAGUCGAGGCCGGGUGUCGUCUCCAAGCUGUCACAACUGUUCUUCUGGAAGAUUCUAAAAAAUGAAGAGAACACAUUAAAAAGUAAAGAAGAAAAAUAAACGAAAACUUUAUUAACAAACAAGCUCGACAACAAACGAGAUGGAAAGAAAAUGUCGAGACCUCUGAAGAUGCUGGCGUGCCCUGGUUACCUGAGUGUCGUGGUAAUAUCGUUGCGUUAUUUUGUUUUUUAAUGGGGAACGUUUGUUGCUUCGUUGUUCCGUGGUGCUGCUGUUUUAGUGCGUGCGUGACGUGUCCCGUGACGUAUCGGCCUGACAUCAUUUAGCGGUUACUGUUUAGUCUGUAUGGUUUGAUGCAUUUGCCUGUUUCCUCCCUGCAUCCUUCCAUCUCCUGCCUGAGUGUGUCUGCGGACUGUGAUAUGUGACUUCACAUCAUUUAAAUACCUGAGUUACACAGGUGCUACUGAACAGGAGAGGCUUUUCCUAUUGGUGGAUUUCCUCCGUGGAAGGUGGAACAUGUGACACACACACAUUCAUGUACAUUUACAACAUGCCACUUGCAUGAUAUACCUUUAACUUUUCACACAGACACACCGGAAAAUCCCCCCCAGCAUACACACUCUCCUGCGUUACAUAUCAGCCAGUGCUAGUGUUAGACUGGGUCGCUUAGCAUGCUAUAGCGUUAGCUCGUGUUACAUGUAGGUCGUGUAGAAGCUGCUUGUUGGAGAUGAUCACAAGUUAUCUGGUCUUUUUUAAUGUUCGAGACACUUUCCGUGUGUCCAGAUCAGCGUUGGGGAAGGAAUGAAACUCAAGAAAGGAGGAGUGAAAGUCCUCAGCUCAUAAAUAGUGAUUUGACAAAAUAAUCGUGACACAAGGUUCACUCACUCGCUUUCUCCAGAUCAUUUAAUCACAUCUCACAAUCUUGCUAUUCAGUUUUGGAAAAGGCUGGUUAGCCAGUAGCUUGUUAGUACGAUUAUUUUGUCAAACUAGUUGAAUUUGAAAAAGCAAAUCAAUUUCUUUUCUAUUGGUCCCCUUACAAACCUGUAAUACACAGAGAGUAAAUGUAUUAUCGGCUAGCGUUAGCAUUAGCAGUUAGCGGUAUGUCUGCACAAGAGGACGGGACUUUCACGCUAGAAAAAAAAAUCAUCACUGAUUAAUGUCUCAACGCUGAUCCAGAUCAGGGCAACGCUCACAUGUGUUACAUUUGCAUGUUUUGUUUUGUUACUGUUGACGUGGUCCAUGUUGAGACGUAACAAAAAACUGUGUGUGUUGCUCCAUACUGGACACACGGAUGUGUUGAAAAUGACUUCACAGUAUUGUGACUCUGGCUUUAGGCCGGAGGGGGUGAAGGAGGAAGGUUUGUCCGUGUUCAGGCUCUGUGAUACAGAGAUACGUCUUCCUCUGUUGAGGCCUACGCUGGACAAUCCUGCAGUUACAUCACAAUCACUGUCAGGGUUACAAACACCACCUUAAACUCUGUAAAAUCAGUCUACACUACACUUGGUGUCAAAGCAAUAAAGUCAGUUUGAUGUUGUUAAGUUUUAUUUAACAAAAAAAGUGUUAGCUAGCUAGCUUAUUGUGUACAGGCUGCAAAGUGAGCUGAGUGGUUUCGUAAAGACUUCAGAGCUUUGAUGGACGUGAAAUUCUCUUGAUUGAAUCAUCAGUUCAAAAGAUGCUAACGUUGUUUAAAGACAUCACAGUAUCUGUCCAACACAGGACCAUGUUAGCUGCUUCGUCGUGGCUAACGGUACUUGUAGGCGAUCCACGAGGGAGUCGUCACUGCUUUGUUGAAUAUGUGUGUUUUCUUGGGAUAGUUAGCGCUGUUAGCUGUAGAUGUCUGUGAUGUUGUAUGUUCACUAGAUAAAAUAUAAAGGACGAAGAUUUUUAGCUUCAGGUUUGGAGAAGAGCGGAGGUGGGAGUUUUUAUUUUAUUCUUUGACUUCCCAAAACCAAAACUUAACUUGUGUGUUCACCAAAGUUUCGCCAACACCCCCAACCCCUCCAAGCAGCAAGAUCCAAUAGAUGUUUGUUCGAAUGAAUCGUUCGUAGGUCUAGAAUAAUUUUUCUCUGCUGUUGUGUUGUUAACGUUCAUGGCUACGUUCUGUCUUUGUAGGUGUUUUUCUGUUUUUUGGCUGUAGUAUGGACUGAACCUGUCCACGAAUAUAAAAUAAUGUUUGUAAAUGAAACCCAAGCUACUUGUUUCACUCACAUUUCCCAUGCGUCUUCGGAUUCUUUAAGAGCUCUGCUUCAUUUGGGAAAGUCCAGGCAUGUUGUGAGCCAAUCGACGAGUCCAGGAAACUAAACGGACUUGUUUGUUAACAUACAUUUAACCUCCUCCAAUCACAGUGCUUCGUUCAUCACCUGCCAGUUACAUCGUAAUGUCAGCCACACAAUACUUAAUUCAGUUACAUGUUUUCGAAGGUCGAUGGUUGUCAAGGUGAUGUCACGGUCGUCAUGGUAGUCUUGCUAUGGUUUGGUGGUGGAUAAAAAUCAGCAUUGUAAGGAUGCCGUCGUAGCACCAGCCAGCUUGUUAACACUGAUGUUUCUUUGCCGUGUGUGUGUGUGUGUGUGUGUGUGUGUGUGUGUGUGUGUGUGUGUUUUCUGUAAACUGUCUGGCAGUCAUCCAUCAGGCCCUGCCGCCAUCCUCCCGGGAAAGAAAACACAGACAAACGUCACAAAACCAUGAAGGUUGUGUUUAAUUUAACAUCUUGGUGAAAGAUAGGAGGUUUGUCCGAGUAUUCUGUUCCCUGUCCUUUUGUCUUCCCUCUUCCUGUUUGUGUUGUAGUUGUUUGGUUGUACAAAAAGAUGACAUUGAGGAUUUGGAGUCUGCCCCUUCCCCUCCCCGGUGGCCCAUCCCGUUGUGUGUAAUAAUGAUAAUAAUAAUAAUAAUGAUGAUAAUAAUAAAAAAGGCAUGCAAAAGCGUUGUGGAGUUUGCAUGAUGGUGUUUUUUGUACCCCACCCCCAACCUGCCCUCCAUAUCGUGCACUUUACCGCUCAUCGGACCUGUCUUUGGUUAGCACGUUAGCUAACUUGUUCCUGCUCAAUCUGCAUUCUCAAUCCUUUUUUUAAUCUAAAAGUUGAACACAUGUUGGCGUUACAUGUCCGCACGUGUUCAUUUGUAACAUUGUCGGAACAGUAGUUGUAUUUUUAAGGUGUUUUGUUCGAGGAGCAGGUUGAUAUUUAAAUGUCAAAAUACGCUGCCACAACUUCAGACAUCCUGUCCCCUCCCCAACCCCUGACAUGGACCUCCAAACCUCUUGCUGGGUUACACACCACUGUCACCAUCUGAUCUCUGUGCUGUUUGCUUCCACGGCUGCAUUUGUGUUGUGUUUUUGUGUUAAUAAUCGGUCUGACACCCUUCGACCUGUAGGCUAACCUCCCGUCGCCCCUCCACUUGGCCUUGUGUGUGUGCAGCAUGCCUCCCUUCCUCUUCAGUGAAACAAGAUUGGUGCAUUAAUGUGUGAAUGUUUGUGUGUGUGUUUGUUCGGAGCAGCACGAGUUUGUUUUAAUGUGCGAAGCAUCCGAUCGCAGGUCCACGGGUUGCAGCCGUUUGAAGAAUUCCACUUUGUUUUUUUGAAAAUUGUGACAGAUGGGAAGAGAAAAGAGAUCAGACAUAUUUAUGGACGCCAUGAUCACUGUUAUUAUUCUAUUUAUUAAAAUU